CGAACCCGAAUGGACACCCCUACUCACCUACAAAAAAAGCUCUUGAUGUUGGACUUAGCAUCUAAAUUUCGAAACUAUCCAUAUAGCUUCUCUUCUCUCCAUCCCCAUUGCCUAACUUUCCCUAGCUACAUAUUGUCCACAUACAUGGAUACAUAACAUGUGGAAUGUCUGAGGGUUUGUAAAGUGACUCUCGAACGCUUAAAUCAAGUUGAGGGAAAAGAAGAGCCAGCAGAGUGCGUUAUCUAUUAAGCAAGCAAAAAAAAAAAAAAUCGAAGUUUCAUUCGAUAAUCGAAGGUGGCUAAGAGUUUGUAGUAGCAGGCAUGCAUUCGCCUUAUAACCUUUUGCUCGCAGACUUAAACAUGACUCGAGAUUUCUGGUUAUACCAACCCUAGUAAUUUUCAUGACUAUGUAUAUAAUUUCUUGCUAAGCACAUAAGUAUUAUAGAUUGUAUUCUCUUCGACCUCUAAGAAUCGACUGCCACUUGUGAUCAGUCUUUGCUGUACAACGCUAGGUGCGAGAGGUGGAUGUCAUUUGCCCUGCAAAUCCAAUUAACAUCGUGUCAUAUUAACGAUCUAAGCUCGAACAUGCUUUCAUUUGGCCAACACAAACACGUUUUUUUCUUCUUCUUCUUCCAAAACAAGAGCUUCUUUUGUGCUUUCAUCUCUCCUCUUAAUUAUCUACACACCUUCAACACUACCCCCUCUUUCUUCAACAUUACACCAUGUUGGACAUUGCCCCUUCUCAAGCUCCACUCCAUGUGCCUAUGGGCCAUAUGCCUUUUACGUUACUCAAAAGCCCACUACCACGCAAUGUAACUAGUGUACUUGGGCCUCUUCUUGGCAACGGGCCACCCUGGACCACGGUUUGCUCUAUCGUAUUCCCUUUGGCGGCUUUGGAAUUGAAAUGAUUGAUGGAUUUCGGUGAGAAAUGGAGAUAAAGCCCAGCCCACCGGAGGCUGUAUACGGACCAAAACGAAUCCGUAAGCCCAUGUUGCAUUCGAAAUGGCCCAAACCUACACUUGAAAGAAAAAAAUUAUAAUUACUUGGAAAUUUCUCGGCAGCUGAUUGGCUAACAUAAGCUUUUCGAUCCAAUAGGAUUAUUUUAAUAUUCCUCUUUUUAUAUAUUAUUUAAUUUAGUUCAAGUUUUUCAAUAAAAGCUACGCUGCGGCAGCGAACGGUCACCGACGAAAUAAGAAAGCACAAAUCCCGACCGUUGGGCCGGCCGUGGAGAUGGCGACAAGUGUCCUCCUCCCGACAUCUCGCCUUCACCAUUCAAUUUAUUUCUGUUUUUUUUUUCUCCUUGGGGGAAAAUAGGAAAAAGAGAAGACAAAAAUGGGAAAAUCAAACGGAUAAAGCCCAGAAAGAGACAGAAUAACUCCUCUCCUUUCAGUCCUUCUUCUGCUCUGCUAAAGCUUACUUCAUAUAUUGUUCUUAUUUUUUUUAUCAAAAAGAUUAAAUCUUUAUUUAUUAUUGUUUUCCGGGUUUGGCUCACUCAGCUGAGCUUGUGUGGCAUCUGCUUGUGCGCUAGUGUUGUUCUCGAAAUAUCCUUUUUGAGGGUCUCUCUCUGUUUGUGUGUGUUUCUUUGCGUGCAGUUUUCUGGUGGGUAAAAUUGAACUCUCUCUCUCUAUAUCUUCUUUCUCUCUCUAUCCCCAUCUCUAGCUACCACUUCUCUGGGUGGUGCAGGUUCGAAAGGGUUCUUAUUAAUUUCUCGCUUUGGUGCUUUGUGGGUGGAAGUUAGGUGAAAAAGGGUUUGCAAGAGAACCGACAUGGCUAACUCGGCGGAGAAGAAGGAAGAGACCAAUACUCUUGUCCAGGACGAGGGUUUCUCGGUCGAGCUCCCUGCUCCUUCCGGCUGGAAGAAGAUGUUCUUCCCCAAGAAGAAGAGUGAAAUCUCAUUCAUUGCCCCAACUGGGGAGGAAAUCACUGGUAGAAGACAGUUAGAACAGUAUCUCAAGGCACACCCUGGUGGCCCAGCUGCAUCUGACUUUGAUUGGGGCACUGGUGAGACCCCAAGGCGGUCAGCAAGGAUCAGUGAGAAGGUAAAGGCAACCCCAUCUCCUCAAAAGGAGCCCCCAAAGAAGCGUGGCAAGAGGUCAUCAUCAGGUGCCAAAAAGGAAACUAAAGACACAGGAACUGGCAAUGAAGCAACUGAGGAGGCCAAAGACACCAAUAUGGAGGAAGCCGAAGGAACUGGGAAGGACGAUACCGAGGCAGAAAACAAAGAAAAUGCUGUUAAGGAAAAUCUGGAACAGGGUGAAGAAAAAGCACAAGAUCCCGAUGCAAAGAUGGAUGCAGCUGAUGGAGCUCCACCCCAGAAGGAAGCUGAUGUAGCUGAAGAUCAGCAGAAGGGGAUCUCUGAUGCAGUGGCUGAGAAUGAAAGUGAAAAGAAGACUGAUGCUGAGGCUGAGACGACUCAGGAAAAGGAAGAGCAACCACAGGUUGAGGCAGCAGCAACUAUUGCAGAGGAGAAGAAAACUGAAGUUGAAGGGGUGGAGAAACAAGAAGAAACCAACAAAGGGGAACCGGCACCUGAAGGAGAGUCCACCAAGGACAAAGAGGCGGCGGCAGCAAAUGGGACUGCUGAGAAACCGGAUGAGACAACCACCAGCCAGCCAACUGAGAAAGUCGAAGGAGCAUCAGUUGAGAACGGCAGUCAUGCUGCUACUGCUGCAGCUACAGCUACUGCUACCUGAUGAUGAAAUUCCUUGUUGAAGGACUUUCAUUUGGUGGUUGUUCUUUUGUUAAUGUAUUACACCACCCCUUUAUUUCCCCCUGACCAUUUUAGGCAUUUGUGAGUAUUUUGGAUGACUGUAGUAGUCGUGAUGUUGUAAGGAGUUAGCAUCAUCAGCUCUCUGAUUGUUCAUUCAGACAGUGGUGUGAUAUAACUGCAGAUUAGGUGUGCAUUGUAGCAAUCUCCUCAGGGAGAGACUUAAGUAGAAAGAAAGACAGACACAACUU